GGCAGUGUCAUAGAUCCGGCUACACGGAGAGAGGCCACCGUUAGCUUUAACUGCUUAAACAGCUGAAAUGAGUUUCCUAGGGGGUUUGUUUGGGCCGGUAUUUGAGAUAGAUGUGGUGCUUAAUGAUGCAGAAAACAGAAAAACAGCUGAAUUGAAGACAGAGGAUGGUAAAGUCGAGAAACACUACCUGUUCUAUGAUGGCGAGUCAGUUUCUGGAAAGGUGAAUCUGAAUGUGAAGCAGACAGGAAAAAGACUGGAGCAUCAGGGUAUCCGUAUUGAGUUUGUUGGACAAAUAGAGCUGUUCUCUGAUAAAAGCAACACCCAUGAAUUUGUGGACCUGGUGAAAGAGUUGGCUCUGCCUGGAGAGCUCACCCAAAACAGGAGUUAUGACUUUGAGUUUAUGCAGGUGGAAAAGCCAUAUGAAUCCUAUACUGGAGCUAAUGUCAGACUCAGAUAUUUUCUCAGAGUGACAGUAGUUCGUCGUCUUUCUGACCUGGUGAAAGAAUACGAGCUGAUUGUCCACCAGUUAGCCACUUAUCCAGAUGUCAACAAUUCCAUCAAGAUGGAGGUCGGCAUAGAAGACUGUCUGCAUAUCGAAUUUGAAUACAACAAGUCAAAAUACCACCUUAAGGAUGUGAUCGUGGGGAAGAUUUAUUUCCUGCUGGUCAGGAUCAAGAUCCAACACAUGGAACUACAACUCAUCAAGAAGGAAAUCACUGGCAUAGGCCCCAGCACUACCACAGAGACGGAAACUGUUGCUAAGUAUGAGAUCAUGGAUGGAGCGCCUGUUAAAGGAGAAUCUAUCCCUAUCAGACUAUUUCUGGCAGGAUAUGACCUAACAGCCACCAUGAGGGAUGUCAACAAGAAGUUCUCAGUUCGCUACUUCCUUAAUCUGGUGCUGGUGGAUGAAGAAGACAGGAGAUACUUCAAACAACAGGAGAUUGUCUUAUGGAGGAAAGCUCCAGAGAAGCUAAGGAAACGAAACUUUCAUCAGCGCUACGAGUCACCAGAGCCCAGAUACCAACCAGUCACUGCAGAACAGCCAGAGUUGUGAGGAGAACCCUAUGGACUGAAAAUCCACACACACACCCCAUCCCCUUCACUGCUGGCCAGCCAGAGAUGUGAGGGCUGCCCUGCUAACCCCCCCGGACUGAGAAAUAUACAUGAAUACACAUAUAUACACAUCCCUCAACCUUUAACCAUCAAAUGGCUUGAGAUAUGAGCUACCACAAACUCUCACUCCACCUACCCUCCAACCAACCCCACCCCCAAGACUGAAACACAUGCACAUACACUGACAUUUACACACUUUAGGACAAAUAAGCAUUCAGUCAAACUCUACCGAAUGCAAAACAAAAUUGAAACCGAGAUGGAGGUGGGAUUGGGAAACGAGGGUGCAAAUCUACUUGAUCUAACCAGCGGAAAUAAAAAGUGAGACAAUAUAUAUUUUAUUUGGGCUUUUCAGCCUAGGAACAUAUACGCAGCCACACAAAUGUGCGAGCCAUACAAUUCCAGUAUGCUGAUUGCAAAGGAAAAAAAAUGGGAGCAACAGAGAAGCAAGGCUACAGCCAUCAUGCACUAAACCGCAUUCUGCUCUACUCUUUAUACACAGAUGGCAUUGCAACAGGAGCUUUCACCUCCUUCAUAUUGCACAACUAUCAUCUUUGGCCCUUUCUGAUACCCCAUCUGUAAAAGAAGGCGUUUGACAUAGCCCAGUUUGGGCCAUCCAAUAGAUGAGCAUUCAAGACAAAGUGAAAUAGAACGGUUUCAACUUGAGAGUACAGGCUGAACAAGGGGUCAGAUACUUAUCCUCUGCAUAUUUUGAAUUUUCAACACCCUCUGUUGGCUGUGAUGGCAACUAAGUCCUCCCUUUUUUUAUAUGCUAGCUCAGAUGUCAGAAGCCUUCUAGUUCUCAAUUGUCUUGUAACAUGAUGCAAAGACAAAAGCUGUGCCGACACUGAGACUCAACAGCCAACAAACUAAACUUCCCAUGGGAAUGAAUUCUGAAUUUGGAAAUACAUAAUGUAAAAACUGUCCAUCUUAACAAGUUAUGUUGUAUCUUGUCUUUAAAGUUAAUUUAAAAGUGAAAAGAGGAGAGAGAAAAAAAAAUCUGCCUGUGGAGUGAGAUCAUUUUACCACUUUCCAGUGCAGCCCACCACUUGAUUCAAUAAAAAUAAUCUUGAAACAAGGGAUCUACCCUACGGCAUAACAUAGUCCCUUGUUUCAAGGAAGUUUUUGAAACAAGUGAAAAUUAAUUGGAACCAGUCUUAAAACAAGAUUUAAAAAAAAAACUUGUUUAAGAGUUUUAAAAGCUGAAUAUAACAUACAAAUCAGUUGUUAAGAUGAUUAUUUAUUGCAGUAACAGGUGCAUCUCCAAACACAUCCAGAUGCUGUGAUUUUGGGGACUCGGAACACAUGUCUCUGUGUUUUCUAAGGUGUUUCUAUGACAACAGGCGUUCUAUGAUGUCCAACGGUUCCCUGUAUUUAUGACUAGCGUUGAAAGACAAACUGUUUCAGUCACCUUAAGUUAUUUAGUGUCCAUUUCAGUGCUGAGGGCAAUCUGCAGUCAACUCGAGAGAGUGCAUUUCUUAGAAUUCUAAAACUAAAAUGCUGCUAGAAAAAAAAACUCAAAAGCUUGUUACAAAAGUUGUGAUGCUCAAAUUAUGGGGGUGGAAAAGGACUGGAAAGUGUGCAGUCUCAUUCAAUUUUGAAUUGAGUAGAAAGUGAAUUGACCUCAGCCAUGAUCAGUGUACUACAGACUCGUGCUUUUUUUGGCCAUUUCACUUUUCAUUUCAUAGGACACACUGUAUUUUGAAAGUUUUUGUUUGCUACAUUCAGACUGACAUAUGUCUUAUCUGAUAACGGUUAGCACCGACUUGGGUGCCCGAUAAAAAUACUGUCAGAUUAAACCCAGCAACGCUUCACUGUGAUGCUCUGACCAGCAGUUUUGGUCCUGCUUUAAAAACACACACCCAAUAUCACCUCUUCUGUGUGUGUGUGUAGGGAGAAUCUAACAUUUAGGGCUGAUUGGUCAGUUUUGCACGUUCCCCUCUGAUUUUUACGUUUAGGAAAAGGAGCAAGGAAUCUGAUCCUUGAUGGCACUCAAGGACAAUUUCACCUCAGAGAUCUCCAAUGUCUCUUAAUGAUCAUUAUACUGGCACUUCUAUGUAUUGCUCUGUGUUUUAUAUGGUCUCUUUAUACUUCAUGUCCAAGUGCUGGCCAUAUGUUUGUAUUUUUUCCACUUAAGUUCUGAACAGUUUAGGUUACACUUUUCAUUUUCCCUUCCUUCAAGCCACGGGACAAACACUAGUUUUGUUUUCCUUUCUGUUGAAAGCCUGAUUUUUCUCAAGCAGUCUUAAUGGUUGCCUGUUUUUCUUUCUACGCAAUCCACCUAAUUUUGUCAUGGCCUUUAUGGAUGUCAAUCAGUUGUUCCACUAUCAAUCUUUCCGAACACUACAGCCAGGAAUUGUUCAGUUUUGUUUAAGUGCCUGUAAAGGUAACAAUGAAACACUUCUAUGCCAAAAAACACAACCUGUCCCUGUCUUAUGCACUGCAUGUCUAUAUUCAUACAAUGUCCCAUCAUGCCAUUGACUUGUGUAUGGAUUACUGAUAUCUGUAUAUAUACCCCAGCCCAAAUAUAUAGCUAAAAAUAAAGCAAAUUUAUACUGAA